GUUUUGUUGUCAAAUAUGGCGUCGUCGUUUGACAGCUUUGACAGUUACUAAAUAUAAAUACACACAAAUGUUUAUCGAGCGCAAUCGUAUCGGGCCCGCGGUAGACGCUAAUGUAAUCAGAUAAACAUAUACGACAGUGAGUCACAAAUGGAAGUGCUUCCAGGUAUUUAGUUUAGACCGUGAAAACGGUCGUAGAUCCCGAUCUGUGUGUCUCUCUCUCUGUGUGUAUUAUUCCUCGUUUUUCCUCUUAUUAGAUAUGGAGGGUAUUAGCGCCCCUAUUAAAAAGGGGCCCGGGCUUUACGAGUUUUUAGUCGAAGCCGAAUUGCAACAGUACUUUAAUAGUUUUAGGAAUGAUUUAAAGAUUACGCACCCAUCCCAAUUAAAAUUCACCACCGAAACUGAUUUGAUCGAACUCGGGAUGUCUAAACCGGAGAUGCGGCGACUAAAGAAAUUUUACGACAAACAUUUUCCCAAUAAUUAUUUAUCGAAAAUUAAAAAACUUAUUAAGACCGCACGAAAUCAUGAUACAACAACGCACGAAUUUACACACCCGUUAAAUAGCGACAAUGUUCCUGUUUCUAAGGCCCCAAGGGUUCCCAGUAAACAUAUUAUUCCCGCCGCUAAUAUUACAGUUAAUAAGGAAUUGGGAAUGGGUGAAUUUGGGGUUGUGCAACAAGGUGUUUGGUGUAAUGAAGGGGAACGAAUUCAGGUUGCAAUUAAAUGUUUAGCAAGAGAUCGAAUGCAAACGAAUACAAUAGAAUUUUUGAAAGAAGCGGCUAUAAUGCAUUCGAUUGAUCACGAACACAUCGUACGUUUGUAUGGAGUCGUUUUAGACACAGUAAGCCUAAUGUUAGUCACCGAGUUGGCACCUUUACGUUCUUUAUUAGAAUGCUUAAAAGAACCCAGUUUACGGUCGAGUUUUCCUGUACUUACACUAUGUGAUUUUGCCGUGCAAAUAUGCCACGGGAUGCAGUAUUUAGAAGCGAAACGAUUAAUACACCGAGAUUUAGCGGCACGAAAUAUUUUAGUCUUUUCGAAAAAUAAAGUUAAAAUUUCCGAUUUUGGUUUGAGCAGAGCUUUGGGGCAAGGAAAAGAUUACUAUCAAACCAAUUUUAAUGUUAAUCUUAAACUACCGAUCGCGUGGUGCGCCCCCGAAUGUAUUAGUUAUUUAAGAUUUACAUCAGCGAGUGACGUUUGGGCGUUUGCUGUGACGUUGUGGGAAAUGUUUUCGUAUGGUUUUCAACCUUGGGCCGCUUUAACUGGGCAACAAAUUUUAGAAGCGAUUGAUGAACCAAAUUAUCAAAGGUUAGAACAACCUGAUUGUUGUCCAUUGGAUCAUUACCAAUUGAUGUUGGAUUGUUGGAGACAUGAUGCUUCUACUAGACCUAGAUUUGCGGAUGUUGCUACUAAAUUAGUUGAUUGUCGACCAGAACAAGUUCAAGCUAAAGUUUCUUCGUCUGAUGGGCCUCAUUUAUUACCCUUCCGAGUUGGGGAUGUUGUUACAGUCCUUGAUAAAAUAUCACAUAGACCAUUAUGGAAGGGUGUUACUCUUUCUGGAAAAACAGGACUUUUUGAUCCAAGCAACGUUGUAGCUUACCUUGGAAGUGAUUUACCUACUUCUUCGUUUCUUCGUACUGAUUCAACCCGAACUUCCGCAAGGAGAAAAUUAAAAAGCGAAAUGAUUAGCGCACCACAAGGUGAUUUAAAACAUACGGGUCAUGUUGGUUUGGAUGGGGCUUAUUUCGGGGAUUUAAGCUUUUUGGGAGGUGCUAAAUCAGAUUAUAGCGGUAUUCCAACUCAAGUUGUUCCACCGUUUCGUCCCCACGAAGAUUUAGAAGCAGCCCCGUUAUUAGACGACCACAUUGCGUUACCCCCUGCUCCUUCAUCAACAAUCGAUCAUCAUGAGUAUCAUGAAAUAAGUGAUGACGAAGCCGCAAAUAGUCCGCCAUUAGAUUUAGGUCCUUCAUUACUUGAUGAAAUGCAAAGAGUUUUUGGAACGUUAAAUCAUCCACCACCGCCGAGUCCUGCCGAACAUGAAUCGUCGAAUAAAAAUAACGAAUUAAGGGAGAUUUUGGCGUCAUCGUCGUCGUCGAAACAACCCAGAAAACAAGCCACUGUUAAACCAAUUAGUGCUCAUGACCAAAAAACUUUAGAAACAGCAAUAGCUUUGGCUCAUGAAUACAGUUCAAGGUCAAUGAGUGCCCCUAUGCCUACUACUCCUGUUUCACCAAACAAAAGAAAAUUUAGUUUUCGAUUUCCGUCGGUUACGGAUCAUGAGAAACCAGUUGAGAGGAGAAAUUUUUCAGAGGAAGCUCAAUCUACACCGGAUUUACAGUCCAAGGUAACUCAAGAAGCGGAAUUAGCUUAUCAAAGUUUAGUCGAGAAUCGAUCUCCAACAGAUUUAGCCCCCUUUAUGCCUGUUGGUAAUCCUUUGAGAAUGUUACGAUCCGGUUUUCCCGUAGUUAAACCAAGAACUAAAAUGAAUACGUUACCCCACGCUAAAUCAGCUACAGAUCGAAGGUCAGCAACUGAAAGUUUAGAUGGAAAUAAAUCUGAUUCCAAUUUAGAACUUUCAAGACCUCAACAACAAGAAAUUCAAUCGAUUCCUAUCGAAACAAACUCAGAUACACCCGAUAGUCCUCGCCCGAUUGAAUUACAAAAACAGGAUGAAAAUCCGAUUCCUUUACCACCUAGAGACCGAAAGAAACCUCUGUUAACAGCGAAACCUCGCCAUACGCGAAAACACCCUUUAAUAAUCCCGCCUUUAAGUCUACAAGGAACUUUAAAUAAAUUUACAGUUCCGACUCCUCCUGCAACGGUUUCCGAUCCGUUUCAAUCUCCUUCGCCUAAUAACGGUAGAGGAGAUGGUAAUUUUGAUUUUGACGCACAAAUCGAAUCGAAUAUUUCUGCUUUGGAUGAUAUCGCAUCAGAUGGGCAAGAUUGCGUCGAUGCGCCAAUUAGUCCUAAAUCGAAUAACGAUUUGCCGGAAAAGAUUCAAAGUCACCAUGUGAGUUGUGAGGAUUUGCUGGAAUUUGCCGAUGCAAAACCGAGUUCGAGAACGCGUGGAAACGAUUCGGAUCAAGUUCGAAUAUUGAUUAAAGUGUUCCGGAACGAUAUUUCAACGGAGCAGUGUUUAGAAGCGCUUAAUCAUACCGAUUGGGAGGUACUAAAAGCAAUUAAGGUGAUUAAAUUGCAAAAAGUCGUCCCGGGCGCUCCGCUAGGUACCUAUACCUUAGCAUUGGACCAUUGUUCUUGGGACAUAACGAAAGCCGCGCACUGGAUUUUGCAACAGGACGGGGAGGUUGCCCAAGUGUAAUUUUUAUUUUAUUUUCAGUUACCUGUUGCGAUUUUUAUUUUGUUUUUUUUUUUUUUAAUGAUGCAAUCUUUUUUAAUAAUUUUUUUGAGGUGUUUUUUAAGUGUGCCUAUGACUUGUAGAGUCAAUUCUAAAACAAACUUAAUUUAUAAAUUAAAAAUAAUUUUUAUUAAAAAAA